AUGAAGAUGAGAAUGGAGGUGGGGGAGAGCCACCUCUUGGUAAUGGAUAGAAUUAUGGCAUGGAACGUCCAAGGUCUCAACAAUCCAAACAAGCAAAAUGAGAUUAAAUAUCUAAUCUCAAACAAGAAGAUCGGAUUGGUUGGGCUCUUGGAAACAAGGGUGAAAACCCAAAAGCUUGGUGAAGUAUAUAUAAGAAUGUUCGCAAGGUGGUGUUUUUCUUCGAAUAAUGCAUGGCACAAGGGAGGCCGAAUAAUAAUUAGCUGGAAUCCAGCUAUGUUUCAGGUGGAUAUUAGGAAGUGCUCAAGUCAAAUGAUACAUUUGGAGGUCAAGACGGGUGACAGACAUGAAGGCUUCUUGAUUACUUUUGUUUAUGCCUUUAAUGAUGCAAAUGGUCGGAACUUACUAUGGAGAGAUCUCAAAGGCUUAGCAAGUAGAAUUAGACAACCAUGGGUGGUUCUAGGAGAUUUUAAUGAUAUUCUAAAUACAGAAGAAAGAGUGGGGAUCCGGUCACAGGGAAUUGGGACUUUGGCAUUUAAAGAGUGCAUUGAAGAGUGUAAACUUGAAGAUGUGAAAUACUUGGGAUGCUUUUUCACAUGGAAUAAUAAGCAAGACAAAAAUAGCAGAAUAUAUUCCAAGCUUGAUCGAGUAAUGGCUAAUCAAGAGUGGUUCAUCAAGUAUGAAUUGACGGAAGUAAUGUUUUUACCUGAAGGGAACUUGGAUCACUCUCCAGCUGUGCUAACAGUAUACCCAGAAGUUAGAGGGGGCAAACAGCCAUUUAAGUACUUUCGCAUGUGGCAACUCGCAUCAGAUUACAAGCAAAAAGUACAAGGUAGUUGGGACCAGCCAUGUCAAGGUACUGCUAUGUUUAAGUUGCUUCAGAAAUUAAAAAGGCUCAAAAUUGUUCUCAGGGACAUAAAUAAGAAGGGGUUUGAUAAUAUCUCAGUUGCUGAUACUUUAGCUUUACAAAAGUUACUCAGGAAGCAACAGAGCCUACAGGAAGAUCCUUUGAAUGAACAGCUGAUAAAGCAAGAAGAAUUGGCAAGGCAGAAGUAUUUGCAUAUUCACAAAAGCUAUAUAUCCUUUCUGCAUCAGAAAUAA